AUGAGCUUCAGUUGCCGUUUAUCAUCCCGCUCGCUCAUCCGUGUCUCUGGCACAAUGGCGCACGAGUUUCUGCAGGGUCUUUUCACGAACGAUUUACGUCUGUUGCAACCGGGUGGCAGUAUGUGGGGGUGCUUCCUCUACCACACUGGGCGUGUGAUGUGCGACGCCUAUCUGUAUCAGUCAUCGCGCGUGUAUAAUGGACAGGCGGCAAUUCUAGUGGAUGUCCAUCGCAAUGUGGCAGAUACUCUGCACGAUCACCUGCUCGAGAUGCGUAUGCGUAAGAAGGUGCAGAUACAUGACGUUAGCAAUGAGCUGACGGUGUUGGCAACUGCACUCUCUGAGAAGAGCACACAACGUGAGGAGAAGGAUGCAUUGGUGGCAUCGUCACCAUCAUCAAAUGACACUCUGACUAGUGGUAGUGGUAGUGGUAGUAGUAGUAGUAGCGGCAGCAACACAAGUGCUGCGGCCCAAAAAAAGACAUCAGCUAUAAGCCCUGAGGCUGAGGUGUUUGUGGACCCCCGUAGCUUUGCCCUUCCGUCACCUCUUCACAAGACCAUUCUUCCUGCAGCGUGGGUGCCGUCCACAACGGAUCCUACGGCUCUGUAUGACGCGUUCCUUUACGGCGCCGGGAUUGGCGAAGGGCCCGACGUGUUUCGCCCCUCCAAGACGCUCCCAUUCGAAGCCAACACGGACUUCCUCCGUGGCGUCAGCUUCCACAAGGGGUGCUACCUUGGGCAGGAGCUCACACAUCGCACGCACGUUAUGCUGGUGACACGAAAACGCACCGUCCCGCUGCGUCUGCCGCACACCCGCAAUGGAAUGGGUGGCACACGGCUUGUCGAAAAGGGCGAGGUACUGCUUGUUGAUGGGCAGAAGGUUGGUGAGGUGCUCGCGGUGAGCGGUGACGUUGGACUCGGUCUGCUACGGCUGCGCUACGUGGACAGUGCCACGCGCAAGGUCCCGGGGCUCGUGCUGCAUGAUGCCCUGCCGGUGACCGUGUCGAUACCGAGCUGGUGGGAGGAGAAGGAGGUGCGGAAAGUGCUGUCGGGGCCAUGA